AUGUCCGCCGUCUUGGAUACCAAUCAUGGUGGAACUGACAGAGCUCCUCUUUUACUUCGACGGUUGAUGGCAAACACAAUAUGCCGUCUCAAGGGCCAGCAGGUUUCUCCACAGGAGAAAGACUCUGUGUCUUAUUUUGUCGACAAAUUACUCCUGAGCGUUGCCCUGUUAAACGACCUUUACGGCUUUCCCAAAGAAUUUGAGGAACAUAGCUCAGCUGGCAGUAUGGACACGAUUGGCAAUGCGAUGGUAUUGCUGAUGUCUGGCUACGGCUACAAUGAGGAUGAGGCUGCAGGAAUCCUUAAGCGAGAGAUCCUAGAGCUGGAAGAGCGAGCGCUCGAAGAAUUUCACGCCUGGCAAAGUUCUAACUUGACUAAAUCUCCUAAUCUAAUAGGAUAUGUCUUCGCCGUCAUGACAGCGGCUGGGGGAAUAAAUUAUUGGAUGUCCCACUCGGAGCGAUAUUUCCGCACGGAUUUCACAACAACGGCCGAAGACCGCGCCAGGCUUGUUAAAAAUCCAGAUUCUUCUCUCGGGCGCCUUCAGGGGUAUCCAGCACCGCUUGCGUUGAACGGCCGCAUUACAUCAACAUUUGAACUAGAUGCUAUGUCUGAAAGCCAUGUUUCUGGUUCCGACAGUAGCUCAACGAGCAUGGCGGGUUCUCAGGUCUCUGUGAAUGGUCGUGAAUACUCGGAUAUGGAAUUCGAUAUUACCGACAAGUUCCAGAAAGCAGAUGCAGAAAAUUUAUGCCUGGACCCGUAUAACUACAUCAGCUCUCUCCCUGGUAAAGGAACGAUGGCCAAACUGGCUGAUACCCUGAAGACCUGGUUCAGUGUACCGGCAGAAUCAACCGAAAUCAUCAAAACCUGCUCGACUAUGCUUUUCAAUAGCUCGUUAAUGUUGGAUGAUAUUCAGGAUGACUCGUCAAAACGACGCGGAAUGCCAGCGGCACACAUCAUGUACGGUGUCGCCCAGACGGUCAAUUGUGUGUCGUAUACUGGUGCUAAGGCAUUAUUACUCUGUGAGAAGCUGAGACAUUCAAAUGCAUGCAAAAUGGCCUUGUUUGACGAACUGGACAACCUCUUUUCGGGUCAAGCCCUCGAGCUCCACUGGAAAUUCCACAGGAAAUGUCCUUCGAUGAAGGACUACAUUAUUAUGAUUGACAACAAGACCGCCGGCUUCUUCCGGCUUGUUCUACGGAUGAUGGCCGCAGAAGCGUCAGUGCCAAUAUCUCUUGAGAAAGAGGACACAUUGCUUCAUUUUAUCACCCUUCUAGGAAGAUAUUAUCAGAUACGUGAUGAUUAUCAAAACCUGGUAUCUGAAGAGUAUGCGGCAACAAAGGGCUUCUGCGAAGAUCUAUCAGAGGGAAAGUUCUCCGUGAUCUUGAUCCAUACGUUGAAUAAUAGCCCAACGGCAGACAGAAUUCGCGGGUUGAUGUUUGGUGGGCACAGGACUGGUAUGUCCCAGGAAAUACGGUCGUACAUACUCUCCGAGAUGGAGGCUGCUGGCAGUCUAGAGUAUACGAGACGUAUAAUCACGGAGCUUUACGAGACACUUUUGAAAACGUUGGAUAAACUUGAGGCUACAAUUGGGCCAAAUACCUUGCUGAGGGCACUGAUUCAAUUCUUGAAGAUCUGA